ACUUGUAACAGUAAGAGGCGGCAUGAAAUUCUGAAAUAAUUUUUAUAUUUUUUUGCUCAUUUAGUAAUGUUUUGUUUCAAUAAUGUCGGUGCCGUUUGAUAUGUUAUUGCACCCGGAGCUUUUAAGUAAUGAGCAGCUAAUAAGAGUUAUCCAAGAGAGGCAUUUACGAGUUCCAAACAUGGGUCUUUUGCAAAGAGAUGAACUAUUGGAUAUAUUUCAUCACUAUUGCUUGCCUCACGGGCAAAGAAAAUACAGAGAUUCUGGUCGAGGUAAAAUACUAAACAAAUCGCGCCAACAGAGUCCUGAGCCGGUAAAAAAGUUAAAUAUUAUGAAUAAUCAAGAGAGUAAGGUUUACAAAGGUAACCCAAGCUGUGAUAGACUGAAACCGCCACCAGAUUGCCACUCUAGUCACACAAAGAGGAUUAGACUUGAAACUACAAUAUCACCCAUAACAAAUACAAGCUUCCUCAAUUGUAAUAAAAGGAAAAUAUGUGCUGAUUCCACAAGUACAACAGACAGUCCGCCAUCAAAGAAAGAAAGGAAACCGAUAACAUAUCCAUAAAUGUGAAUAUAAACUUUAUUUACAUUCAUUGUGAUUGUCAUCAGUACUGUAUUACAUUAUUUUCACCAUCUCAAUGACAAUAAUGAAAAACUUGUAAAAACCAUAUCACUUAUGCAAGAGAUAACAAAUACUAUUUUAUAAAUAAGUUAAUUACAAUCAAUUGUAAAGCGCAUUGAUGGCUGCAGUUACUUCUGCUGUUGGUAACAUGCCGCUAGUGUGUAAGAGCUCUUAAUCCAUAUAUCCCCAAGCAGUCAUCGGUGACCGCUCUCCACUGAGUACAUUAUAGACCUUAUUUCCAAUAUUUAGAAGA